GAGAGGAAAGAACCGGCUGGCUCCUCCUGGAAAUAUGCUGAGAGCAUACAGAACUUCCCCACGCCUUCAAAAUUGUACCCUGCUGCCCAGGAGCUUGCUUCAGUAGCCUUCCCAGCCCACUAUGGCCACCACCAAUAGCAGUGCGGGCAUCCGUUGGUCCAGACAGGAGACCCGAACUCUUCUCUCCAUACUAGGCGAGGCAGAGUACAUCCAACGCCUCCAUACUAUGCAUCAUAAUGCAGAUGUCUAUCAGGCCGUGUCUAAGCGGAUGCAGCAGGAGGGCUUCCGCCGCACCGAACGCCAGUGCCGCUCCAAGUUUAAAGUUCUGAAGGCAUUGUAUUUAAAGGCCUAUGUGGCCCAUGCCACAAGUAUGGGGGAUCCACCGCACUGUCCAUUUUAUGAUAUGUUGGAUCAGCUUCUUCGAAAUCAGAUAGUGACUGACCCAGACAACUUAAUGGAGGCUGGUGCUUGGGCCAAGCACUGUGAUCAGAAUUUAGUGGCCUCUGACACCCCAGGGCAAGAGGGAAGCAGCAUGCGGAAAUCAAAAAGGACUCAGGCAGCUGGCCAUCAGCACAUUUUGCAAAGAGUUAAGGAAUCAGAUGAGGAUUGUCAACUGAGAAUCAGUGACCGGAUGCCAGAAGCCAGUGACCUUGAGGACUCCUGGGAUGACUCCUCGGGUGCAGGGUGCUCUCAAGGGACCCCCAGCUACAGCAGCUCCCACCACCUUUUCAGAGGGUCAGUUGCUCCCUGUCAGAGCAGCCCCAUGGCCAGACUGGGUGUGUCGAGGGAGUCCAGUCCCUGCACCAGCACCAGCCGAAACCCUCUUGGGGCAGCCUCCACACCACAGCCUCCAGGCUCCUCUUCCAGAGUUGCCUUUAUCUCUGGUGGGGAUAGACUUCUGACCAGUGAGCCCCCUCCACGGUGGGCAAGGCGAAGAAGGCGCUCAGUGGCCAGGACCAUUGCAGCUGAGUUGGCAGAGAACAGGAGGUUGGCGCGAGAACUCUCCAAGCGAGAGGAAGAGAAGCUGGACAGGCUGAUUGCUAUUGGGGAGGAGGCCAGUGCCCAGCAAGACACUGCCAAUGAGCUGCGCAGGGACGCUGUCAUUGCCGUGAGACGCUUGGCGACGGCGGUGGAAGAAGCAACUGGAGCUUUUCAGCUAGGGCUUGAGAAGUUGCUUCAGAGAUUGAUUUCAAAUACCAAAAGCUAGGGACUGGCUGAAUGGACAUGUUUUCCAGACUGUUACAAGCCCACAUCGAACAACUACCUUCUGGAACCCUGGCUCCCUUUCUGUCUUC